AUGGAGCCGAAUUCACCCAACCAAACCAAAAAGAGCAGGUGCAAUGUGAUUGCCAAACAGUCUUUCACUAAAAAUGCUUGUCUUAAGACAUCUAAUCGUGUCCGACGGGAAACAUUGCUUUGGACUGUCCAAGUUGGCGGCCCGGAAAAUUCAAUAGGAAGUGACCGCUGGGCCAGGAGUUGGUUUAUUGGCUCAAACAUACGGGGGCGAGAUGGCCCAAGUGGUAAGAGCGCGAAUUUACUGACCGGAAAGUCCGUGGUUCGAAUACGACCUCCGCCUCUCGACUUCCCCUGUCUAUGCCUGGGCAACCUGGCAGUGUCCCAGACCUCCUGCCAUGCCACCCGAAGGAAGCACGAGGGCUGGGAUACUGCCAAGUUGCCCAAGCCUAGACAGGGGAAGUCGAGAGGCGGAGUUCGGGUUCGAACCACGGACAUUCCGGUCAAUAAAUUCGUGCUCUUGCCACUUGGGCCAUCUGAGAAAAACAAUUUGACUUAUCUGAACAUUGGUAAUCAUGUAUUCCCAGAAAAAGCAGGCAUUGUGGCUAGAAUUGUGGUCUUCAUUAUGGAGCAAUACUUCGUAAACGUUAUCCUUGGCAGGUACGAUGGGACAACAAUAGCCGAACCAUUGAUGUGGCCCGUCUCGGGGUCCCCAUCCAGGAAGACGGCAGUGACCAGCGCAGCUAAGUUUGCUGGUAAUGGCUUUCAUACUUCGCUGCCAAGUCAUUGUUUAACCGCCUCUGGCUCUCUUCCACCCUUCACGUGGUUGUGGGAAAAGAGCCCUUCGAGGAAGUCGGUCGACUGGCAUACGCAGCACUUGGCCAAUCCAGCGCAACCUAUGCAUUGUGAUCAGUCCAUCCAUCGAGGGUGA